AUGUCCAGACGAGCCUCUUCCAAUGUCGGCUAUCCCGGCCUGUACGAGUCGGAUAACCAGAAGAACCGCCCGCAGGAGGAGAUUGACGAAUUGACCCGGCACACGGGGGAGAACGUCAAAGGGUAUUUGCCGAAGAGCCAGAGGGAAGAAGCCAAUCGGUUGCAGCUGGAAGAGACCCACAGACUGCAGGAAGCAAAAAUGAAGAAGGAUCCGACGCUCGCGGCACAAUUGCACGGCAACCAGCCGGCCAAAGGUGCAGUCAUCGACAAGGAGUUGCAGGAGGAGGAUGAGGCAGCGCUGCGCAAGAAACAGCACAAGGAUGAGCUCCCGGGGAAGAAAUAUUGA